AUGAUCGAUUUUUCACUUUCAACCUCACCAGAUUUUUUGUCAAGCGACUUGACAUACCCUCCAACCCAACUUGGCUCCGUCUCUCCUUCAGCGCUCAGUGCUGCUUCUGGAACUGUAGGCAGUAUCAUAUUAGGUCCAGCUUUACGGCGUCCUCAUCGUAGCAGAGAUGGCUUACUCCCUGACCAGGUGAACACUCUUGGCGAAGGCGAUUGGGAAAAGAUGCAACAGAACCAUGUGCUUGCCAGUGUUCAACAGGUGGAUAGUUAG